AUGGAUGAAUUAUUUAAAGAUAGAUUUACUUGCCAGCUUGCUGAGCAAAAUUAUGAAGAAUGUUAUGGUCUACUAAACAGUUAUCAAUGCUCCCACAAGAUGAUGAAAAGCUUGCAAGGCUUAAUUGUUUUCGAAAUGCAAUACUACAAUUUCACUCCGGCGUCUCUUCAAGAUCCAAAUCGAGAUCAUGCAAUAAGAGACAUAUACGAAGAAGUAAGAGCUGGAUUGACCACUUCAGAUGAUUCUUUCUUUAUUGAAAUUCUCCAUCUCAUUCAAAUCCAGCUGAAAACUUGCCAAAUUUACAAACUCCUUUCUCAAUCAGAUUAUCAGAUACCAGAAAAUAUCACGUCUUUAUGCGAAAGCUAUCUGAAAGAAACCAGUGAGUGCGACCAUUACGACUUAAGACCUUUUCAAGAAACAAUGGUAUGUGAACUGACUUCUAUCAAAAACUUGGUCACUGCUUUUACAAGCUUAUCGAAAUUUAAUUUUUUGCAGACUAUUAUUGCAUUAACUAAAGCUCAUUCAAGCAUUCAGCAAUGAGAAAAAAUAUUCCGCGACAAGAAGUAUUCCCCAAUUUCCCACAGUAAUUCAUCAGAUGAUUAUAAUCUUCUCUACAGAUAUCUUGUCAAAAUGCUCCAUGGGCUGAUUGGUAAGGCAACGCUAUAUUUCGAAAGAACGCUUUCUGAUGGUAAUUUAUUGGAAAACGAAGAAUAUUAUAACAGGUAAAUUAUAUGUAGACGAAAAGUACAAUCCAAAUGUGCAGAGUUGAAAAUACAUUAUAUUGCUUUAUUGCUAGAUAAAAGAGAAAAUGAAGUCUUAUUAAAUUGACAAGAAGGAGGCUAUAGGUGCAAAAGGAAAAACAGCUCACUAACAUCAACAAUUCCUGAUAAGUUUGUGCCUGUUUUCAAGCAUAAUUGAAAGCCUGAAGAGCUUCCAAAUGAAACUGAAGCUACUUUAUACUCUGCAUUGCAAAGUGAAAGCUCUACCAUUAUAAAGGCAAACCACAGAGUGAGUGAAAUGAUGUAUAACUCAUUAGAUCUCUAUUUUCAUUUCUGCAAAGUAGACGUCCAUGUAUAUUUGGCUUCAGCUUAUGCCUAUGCAUCAUUAAGGCCAAAAGGUGAAGCUAAAGCAAUAACUGAGUUCAUAAACCAGCUAUGCACCCAAUUAAGAUCUCUGACACCAAGAGUUAAUUAA